CUGUAUCCAAGCUUGUCGUUUACUUUUGUUAUACCGGUUAUCAUGGCGAUAUGAUUGCUAUGUGUUUUGUUGAACAAUUGAUUUCUUGAAAUAAUUAAUCCUCGUAAUUGAAAAAGGUUAAAGUUUGAUUGUACUUUAUUUGGUUUUUGUUUGUCAUUUUUUGCAACGUAUUUUUAGUGAAGUAAACAUGAGACAGUGAGAUAUACUGCUCCUUUCGACUGAUGCUUAAGCAAAAAUCACAUCCUGCAGGAGAAUUCUAUGAAGCAAUUCUACAAAGCAAUUUAAUUGUUUCAAUGGAUUCCUCAUAUUUCUAUACCAUACAUAAAGUGGUUUUUCUGUGAAGAGCAUACAUGCACUUUUCAAACUGAACAGGUGCAUGAUCAUAGAAAACCAUACUUCAUUUUUAAUUUACUUGCGAAGAUACUAAUGGUAGAUUUGUAAGGAAUAUUGAUUAAGUAUAUAUGAAAGGUCUGUUGAUUUUCACUGGUUUCAAAGCAAUGCAAAAUGUUGCAAUUGGCAAGAAGAAUAGGAAUAGUUUAACUAAAUAACAGUAUCCUGCUGCAUUCAGCCAAAUGUUUGACAAACAGUCUGCCAUCAUGACCAACGAAAAAAUCGAAAUAGAUUGGGGGAACGAGAAGUUGUUCAAGGCCCAGAAGCAAAUAGAAGACAACCAGUACGACCUUGAAGCAUGGAGUCUCCUUGCACGAGAAGCGCAAGGGAAGUGGAUUGACGAUGUGCGGCCCAUGUACGAGAAACUGGUCUCUACAUUCCCAAGCACGGGACGUUAUUGGAAGAUAUACAUUGAACAGGAGAUGAAAACUAGACAUUUUGAAAAAGUUGAAAAAUUAUUUCAAAGAUGUCUCAUGAAAGUGUUGAAUAUUGAAUUGUGGAAGCUGUAUUUAACUUACGUAAAAGAAACCAAGUCCAUCUUGCCAUCUUACAAAGAGAAAAUGGCACAAGCAUAUGACUUUGCUUUGGAAAAAAUCGGGAUGGACAUUCAGUCGUACUCCAUUUGGAAUGACUACGUGAACUUCCUAAAAGGCGUGGAAGCGAUAGGCUCAUAUGCAGAAAAUCAGAAGAUCAGUGCUGUUAGGAAAGUGUAUCAGCGAGGAGUGAUCAAUCCUAUGGUGAAUAUUGAACAAUUCUGGAAAGACUACAUGAACUUUGAGCAAAACAUCAAUCCUAUUAUCGCGGAAAAGAUGGCCAUGGAACGAAGCAGGGAUUACAUGAAUGCACGACGCGUUGCCAAGGAGUUUGAAGCUGUGACGAGAGGGUUGAACAGAAAUGCCCCAAGCACCCCACCGACUGGUCACAUGGAAGAGUUGAAGCAAGUUGACCUAUGGAAAAAGUACAUUGCCUGGGAAAAAUCAAACCCAUUGAGAACUGAAGACACGACCCUGAUAACCCGGCGUGUUAUGUUUGCCUAUGAACAGUGCCUGCUGUGUUUGGGGCAUCAUCCGGACAUAUGGUAUGAGGCAGCACAGUUUUUGGAGCAGAGCUCCAAACUGCUGACGGAGAAAGGAGAUGUUAAUGCGGCCAAGUUGUUCAGUGAUGAGGCUGCCACUAUUUACGAACGUGCCACUGCCUCCCUUCUGAGUAAAAAUAUGCUUUUGUACUUUGCUUAUGCUGACUUCGAAGAAGGCCGUCUGAAGUACGAAAAGGUUCACCAGAUCUACAGUCGUUUCCUGGACAUUCCAGACAUAGAUCCCACUUUGGCCUACGUGCAGUACAUGAAGUUUGCUCGCAGGGCUGAAGGUAUUAAAGCAGCAAGGACGGUCUUCAAAAGAGCGAGGGAAGAUGUGAGAUCAAAGUACCAUGUUUUUGUUGCAGCUGCAUUGAUGGAAUACUAUUGUAGCAAAGACAAAAACAUUGCUUUCAGAAUAUUUGAGUUGGGCUUGAAAAAGUUUUCUGAUAAUCCAGACUACAUUUUAUGUUACAUUGAUUAUUUGUCUCACCUGAAUGAAGAUAACAAUACUCGUGUUUUAUUUGAGAGAGUACUGUCAUCUGGGAACCUAGAACCGGAAAAGUCAGUGGAAAUUUGGAACAGAUUCCUUGAAUUUGAGUCGAACAUCGGAGAUCUUGCAAGUAUCGUUAAAGUUGAGAAAAGAAGGAGCACUGUUCUGCAGCAGAUAAAGGAAUUCGAAGGCAAAGAAACUGCUCAGUUGGUGGACAGGUACAAAUUCUUGGACCUGUAUCCUUGCUCUGCCACAGAGUUGAAGUCUAUCGGCUACAACGAGGUUGCGAAGACAUCCAUAAAAUUCCACUCUCUGUCCACUGCAGUGCUGGACACAGGCGAAGACUCAGUGAAUGUUCCCAAACCUGAUGUGACCAUGAUGAUACCUUUCAAGCCCAAGUCCCACACUGUUCCUGGAGAUCAUCCUGUCCCAGGAGGUGUGUUCCCUCAGCCUCCGGCGGUGGCACAGUUGUGUACGCUUCUCCCGCCUCCGGACUGUUUCCAAGGUCCCUUUGUGUCUGUCGACAUGCUCAUGGACGUGUUCAACAAGAUACAGUUGCCCGAGACACCGCUGCUGCCUACCGGGGAGAACGAUAAUGACAUUAAACUUUUUGAUCUUGCAAAGUCAAUACACUGGAUUGUGGACGAUAGUCAGGACGGUUCUUUGUCGAUUUCGUCCGGGCUGAAUCAUAAACGGCGGCGGCGUGCUCUCAACGACAGGGGCGAUGACAGUGAAGAUGAUGACAUGGCUGGAGCACCACCGAUAAAUGAUAUUUACAGAGCUAGACAGCAGAAACGUGUUAAGUGAUGUCAGAAAUCGAGUUUGGACCAUGUGGAAAAUCAUUUCGUGUAGUGGGCGUGCAAAGUGUGAAUGAUGAUGCUAGAGUUACGAUGAGUGCAUUUGAAACCUUUUAAAGUUUUAUUAAUGAAAUACUAUAAAAACAAUUUUAAAAGAAAUCAUUCUCUUUUCUUGUGCAUUUGUGGUAAACUCAGGCUUGUCAGCACAUCUGCCAGUUUUAUCAGUCAAAAAAAUUUUUUUAUCACAGAUUUUUAUUUUGCAGGAAUUUGAAACUGACAUUGCUGUGUGAGAUUAUGUGAGUCAUUGAUCAUAUAACUAGUUCCAAAUGUUGUCAUUAUUGUGCAAGGAAAAUUAAAUGUUUUCAUUACAUUCA